AGUCUGGUUUCGUAAGCCGCCAUGCUCGACACGGUCGGAUUUCCAUCUUACUCCAUGGUCAUCGCAUCAGGACUGCGAACCUCUCAAGUGGUGCAGCGUCUAGGACUCUGCAGCAAAGUGGUUGCUCUGUCUACCAUGGAGGGCGAGCGUGUACCUGAGGCGCGGGGUCCUCAGUUCGCGAAGUUUCUCCAUCAAGUUGGAGUGGAAGAGUUCAUCGAUCCCCUUCACAUUGGUGGGGUCAUGAAGGCUCGGUUCGUGGAUUGGGUGGUUAGAGAGGUCGACAUGGACGGUAGGGUCGCGAAGAUGUCGGACGAAACGGCGCCGGAGUGGUGGAGUAAACUGGAGUGCUACCAUGAGCAACAGACCAAUGCAGCGAGGCCUCCACAAGCUGAUACCUAUCCUGUUGGGAAUAGCGGUGUUGAUCAUACGGAUCAGUAUCGACAGGCCUACGAGGAGGGGUAUUGGCUCGGCGAUAGGGCCGCAAAUUUCAUCGAAGAAUUUUGCGGAGCUGAAGCUUUGGGAAAGAUAGUGAAAUUCAUGAAAGCAACGCGGGAGGAAGUGGGAGAGCGUGAUGAUGGGGACUAUCGGCGGCGACUAUUCGAAUGGAAAUCCAAUGGGCCGGCGGACAUUGCUGUUGUGUAUAAAAUACGCGGUGCGAUAUCAGGCAUGUUGAAAGAGUCUCUCGCUGUGGUGCCGUUCAAGCUGCUCUCUGAUAGAGUCAUCUACUAUGCCGCUGUGAACGUCAGGAGGAAUGAGUUCCUCUUGAGCUGCAUGGAUCGGUCAGACGCUGCUCGAGUGCUUUGUUUCUUUGGUGCUGGAUACUCCUCGGAGACCCUAUUGGUCCCUGUGAAGAACGCACAAGGCAAAAGAGGGCAGCUUGUAGCGAAAACAUUGCCAUUACAUUUUCCGGAUAUACGGGUUAGCGUCUAUGAAGAAGAGACAGAGUCAAAUGGUGCAGUGGUGGAAUUGAGCUGGUCGAGGAAGUACUCGCCUGUUGGCCUAUACAAGGGAAGCCGCUGGAGGUUCACUCUGAUGAAGGCUGGUUGGGACACCACUGCGAUACAGCGAGCUAUCGAGCGGGAACUUGAUCUUCCGAAGGAUAGCAUGCACUUUGCUGGGGUGAAAGACAAGUUUGGUGUUACGUACCAUUUCGAGAGAACCGAGGUUAAUGGAGGGACGACGGAGUUACGGCAUGGGAUGCUCUCUGGUAACUGCUUUCGACUCCGAAUUCGGGAUGUUGAGGGAGGCGCUGAUGAGAAGGUCCGUGCAUCGAAACUGGCCGAUACGGGUUUCAUCAAUUACUAUGGUUUGCAGCGGUUCGGCAUCAACCCCCAUCACGAUGAAUCAAGGCAUAACAAUGUUGAUAUCGGGGCCGCACUGGUUUCGGGUGAUUACGAGAAAGCAGCGAAACUCAUACUCACCCCUGCUGGCUGCGAUAAAAGGAAAGUCGCCGACAUACUGCGGGAAUGGCAGGAAACAGGAGAGUCCUCUGUGGUCGCCGAGCGAUUACGGAAGGUGCGCUCCCGGGAUCGAGACGUGGAGAUGUGGUCGAGGAUGAUGAGCGCUAUAGUGGCAUCACCAACAGUUGACGGAUACAGAGGAGCUCUCAGGGCGGGCGUGCCUCGGGCCUUACUGCAAAUCCAUCUCCUGGCCUACCAGUCCUGUCUGUGGAACAGGAUGGCUUCUAGGAGGAUCCGAGAGAACGGUUUAGAGGUUGUUGAGAGUGAUGUGGUCUGGUGUAAAGAGAAGGGGGAUAUCACAAUGGUGGGCUCUGCGGUUGACAGGUUCAAGAUUAGUGAUGUCCUAGUCCCCACUUGGGGUAGCCAGUUGGAAGGCAAGGACAAGCUGUUGAGGUUGGGCGUCUGUACUCGUCAGCUGUACGCAGAGCUUCUGAGGGAAUCAGUGUCGCGUGGCGAGGCGUCGGAUGGGAUCCUCAAUGGAGACCUCGAUCUUGAUUUCUCGCGCAGCUUGGGCGUGCGAGCUCGACUGCCGAGUAUCCCUAGACGUCUCAUCGCGAAGCCAGGGAACCUAAAAUGCUGGGAAGAGAUGGCGGAUGGGAGACGGAAUUUGAUACUAGAAGUAUGCAGUCUCGGAAUUGACAGUUUUGAACUAGUGAAGCCACUUGGGUACGAUUAUGAGGGCGAUGGCCUUACUGCUGGAUUCCUCCAAGCUCGGUAUCUUCGGAUGAUGUCCAAAUCGGAGGUGGUCUCAUCAGAAGAGGAAGAGGUUAAUAAAACCACGGAAAGUAAUCGGCAAGGCUCAGGGGAGGAACUGUUGGGGAAACAACUUCCCAAGGAGUCAGUGUCUCCAGAGCUGGAUGAGGACUCGUUGCUUCUGGCUUUCGGACGUCAGGAGGCACACAAAGCGGUGGAGUGGUGCCAGAACAAUUGCCAUCGCAGUGAUAUUUUUGAAUGCCGAUUGGAGGAUGGGACAAGACUCAAGGAGGAAGGGAACGCAAUGGUGAAGAACAGGGAAUGGGAGGAAGCUAGUGAGAAAUACCUUGCGGCACUGUAUCAGGUAGACUUCUCCAUUGGCCAACAGUGGCAGCUCACCAAUGAGCAUCAGUAUUUGCUGGACAAUAUCAAACUGACGAUACUGAAUAACCUGUGCCUUGCUUAUCUCCAUCGCGAUGAUCCAGAGAAAGCUCGGAAGUCCGCUGAUCUAGCAUUGAAGAGUGCGGCUACUAUGGACCGGUUGGCGAAGGAGACAGACGGUUUGGAGCCAGUGCGGAAGGAGACGCUGGGGAAGGUUUACUACAGACGAGCUAAGGCCAGUUACUCACUGAGGGACUAUGAAAGAGCGUAUGAAGACGCUAAGGAGGCUCUAGAGAGCUGCCCAUCAGACACUGCAGUCAAGCGGCUGAUGACUGAAGCAUAUCGUAUGGUGAAGAAGGAGGAGGAAAGAACGAAUCGAAUGUGGAAGGCUAGUGCCAAGAAGAUGUUUGCCGACAACGACGCACCAAAGGUUACCCAGGUGCAGGCACAGGUAGUAUUGAGAAAAGUGAAGCGAAGCCCGAGCAACAGGGUUGGAUAUCCUGGCUAUUACGAUGCUCAAUGUGCCCUCGAAGAAAGCGAGCAUCAGUUCUUCAUGAACAGCUACUCCCAGGUUGUGGCUCGUAGCAAGUCUAGCAGAUUGUCGGACCAGAGCAGGGCCGGCAGACCAGAGUCACCGAAGGAUGCCCAGUUGGAAAUCGAGUACUAUCGGCUCAAGGUCGACGAGCUGCAACUGACGUUGGAGCUAGAGGAGCAGAACAGGACUCUAGGGGAGGCCAGGAGACGGAAGGCAUUGGAACGAGAAGAUGCGGACUUGACUGAGAGAGCCAUAGAAGGAUACCGCGCUACUGUUCAAUAUCUAUACGGCUUGCUCUUGAAGUCGCAGAGGGAAGUGAGCUCAUUGCAGAGGAAGUUGGAGGAAGAACGAGGACGGCGAGGGCUGGAGGAUUCGGCCGGUGUGACAUGCCGAGAGGCUGAGAAAGUUAUAGACAUGCUCACGCUGGAGCAGAAUCGAAAACAGGAUGAGCUUCAACGCCUUGAAGGGGAACUGAAGAAAGUCAGGGGUGCUCUGGUCGAGGCCGAGGAGGUUUGCGGUGAGAGACAGGCCACCAUAGAGGCGUAUGAGGAGCUAGUGGUAGAGAAAGAGCAGGAAAUUAAUCAACUGCUGGAGACGGUGAAGGAAGUUAUGGGACGGGCACAUGCAGCUGCUGAAUCGGCCAAGUUGUGGCGUAUUAGAGCGCUGGAGAUCGCCACAGAGACCGCCAAAAGCACUGCUGAGGCGGAUGGUGAACCGGGCCAUCGAGAGAGUCUUCUCAUGUCGUCAUCAGAGAUUGUUGCGGUGUCUCAUUGUACUGCAGUAGAGCGGCUGGCUAUGGAGACAGUAAUAGAGAAGAUGUGCUUGACUUCGGAGCAGAGGGCGGCUCUGACAAGCUUGAAGGCCCUGUCCUUGCUACGACGAGUCCUCCGUAGAGCUAAGGUCAUGAGUCUAUGUUUGGCCCGAUGGCUGUGUGGAAUGCCGCAGUCGCAGGGCUCCUAUCUCUGCUCGCUGCUGGCUAGGACGGCUGAUGCCUCUGCUGGAACUAUAAGGGAAUUGGCUGGGCAGGGCGUCGAGAGAUGUAUCAGUGUGGCCAGCACCAAGGGAGCCGCAGACUUGUUGCUCUCCGCAGAAGGGGAGCUGGAUGAUGUCGUGCACCAUAUGGCCGUGGGCACGGUGGCCUCACUGCCCUACGAUGAUCUUGUCGUGUCAGUACAGAACUUCCUCACCAAGCUGCAGUCUGCAUGCUCAGCUAUGUUCCCUGACUUCAACCCACUGGCUGUAGCGGGCGUCGCGGGAAGCGCGGUCCUGGCAGCUAGACUAGUUGCUGUCGCGGCAGCUGCUCACCUAGACAACCAUCACGAUGAGGAGGUUGAGAGACUACUCCGGCCGUGCGAGAUGAAGAUCCGGCAGGCUCUGAGCGCUGGUGGUGACACGAUGUCCUUCCGCCCAGCUGCUGUCGAGGCUCAUGAGGAGGGUCGUAUCAGAGCUCUAGAGAAGUCUGUCUUCGCAUCCUGGAGUGGAGAUAAGGUUGGCAGUACUGGACCUAAGGGCCUCGCCGAAGGGCUGGAAGAUGCAGCGGCGCUUAUCAGCCGGCUGCCUCCUGAAGGUGAAUUGCCAGAAGUGACAUCGAACGAAGCUGAGGGCUCGCUGGUGGCGGACAUUGUUGACUUGCUGCACAAAGAGUCGGGUCGCUACGGUGACCUCCAGCAGAAGCUCGAGGGAGUUCAGACAGAGGCUGGGUCCCUGCGGGAGGAACUAAAGGUGUCCAAAGGAAAUGCUGACAGUCUCCGAGCAUCUCUGGGGACUUUGGAGCAGAGGCUCAUCCAGACAUCCCAGAAAGACGAGGCAGCUAAGGCAAGGGAGUCCGAGUUAGAGCGGCUGCGGGCGGAGAUAGAGUACUACCGUCGUGUGGAGAGGCGGCAGCUAAGGGCACAGCUCGGCAGUUGCCAGAAGGAGCUGGACUCUGCUGGCGCUAAGGAGGCGUCGUUGAGGCGGAAAAUCAAACAGUUCGAAGAGGCCGAGAAAUUACGAGCUGAACGAGAGCGAGCAACGGGUGACUUUGGUGGGAGCAGACACCUGCUGGCACUGCAGAUGCGGAUGUUGAGUGAAGAGAACGCCCGUCUGCGAGCCCGUCUGGUAAGGGCGUAUAUGAAGCCGCUUCUGGCUGAAGUUGGUCCUCCUGGAAUAGUUCUGAAUUAA